AUGAGGCCUUCGGUGCGUAUUCACGAACUCGUCGUGCACAUAAACUACUGCGCGAAGCAGCUAGGAUUGGAUCUGCUGGCGCCAAAGCUUAGGUUCGUCUUUCGCACCUGGAUCACAAUGUUUGCGCCUGUAAGCUAUCUGAUAUUUGGCGUCUAUUGGACAUUCAGGGAGACGCAGCAGCAUUGGAUGGAUGGACUAAGGGCCAGCAUCAUGUUGGGUGGUCUCAUCAAUGGGAGCAUCGAGCUGCUCACUUUAAUACAGAAUCAUUUGCUUAUGAGGAAAAUGUUGAACUACACCAUUGAAAUCUUUGCAGACUAUGAGAGUCGCGGUGCGGAUUAUUGUGCUGCUCUCAACUUUGGCGUUGAUCGGAUUCUGAAAAUACGACGCAUAAUACGCAUUGGUUACGUUGUAUCAUUUUUGGUGAUGCUCGCGGUGCCCUUGCUAUUUCUAGUCUACAAUGGCACUCGUGUCACAGUCAUUCAGUACGAGAUUCCUGGUCUGUCGUUGGAGAAUAACUUUGGCUACACGCUCACAUACUUGCAGCAAAUGAUAGUGUCCGUUGUGGGUGGAAUCGGCUUCUAUAUGGGCGAUUUGCUGGUUUUGCUCGCUUUAGUCCAGAUCCUCACAUUCGCGCAUAUUUUGCAAAUAAAAGCAAAUGUCCUGAAUGAUGCACUGAAUCAUAAGGAGCAGUCGAGAAUCGAAGCUCAAGUGGGUGGCUAUGCAGAUAAUGGAAUACAAUCUCUUCUCUUAGAUUUAAUCAAGUGGCAUCAGUUGUUUAUCGCAUACUGUCGCGAUGUCGAGAAUACCUAUCACAAUAUGAUCGCUGCUCAAGUUCUCUCCUCGGCCAUUUCGAUUCUGCUUUGCUUUUGCGUGAGCCUAAACGGAUUCCAUAUGAUAUCCACCAUCUACCUAUUUGUCAGCACCUACUCAAUGUUGGUCUACUGUGUUUACGAUCAAGUGUAUGACAGCCUGUGCAGCAUAAGCUGGCAGGAACUAAGAGCGGAUCAGCGCAAAUUAUUUGGCUUGAUGCUGAAGGAGGCGCAGAAUACGCAAACCAUGACAAUGAUCGGCAUUCUGCCACUGAGCAUGCGUACAGCCCUGCAGGCAAGUGUACAGGAUAUAGCCAGCACAACUUAUUAA